GAUUGCCAUGCAUAUACUUGGCAAGGAAAAUUACAGCUCUGUGUCAGAAUUUAUCCUCCUUGGCUUCUCCAGUGAGUCACAGGUCAGAGUGGCCCUGUUCAUCUUCUUCUUCCUGCUCUACCUCAUCACCCUCCUGGGAAAUGGUCUUAUCGUCACCUUGAUCUACCUCGAUUCCCGCCUCCACACACCCAUGUACUUCUUUCUAAGUGUCCUCUCUUUGGUGGACAUGAGCUAUGUCACCACCACUGUGCCCCAGAUGUUGGUUAAUAUGGUGUGUCCAAGGAGGACCAUAUCCUGGGGUGCUUGUGUAGCCCAGAUGUUCAUCUUCUUGGUCCUGGGUAUUGCUGAAUGUGUUCUCUACGCCAUCAUGGCCUAUGAUAGGUAUGUUGCCAUUUGCUUCCCUCUUCACUAUUCCCUACUCAUGAGCCGUCUUGUGUGUAUCAAGAUGAUUGCCAUCUGUUGGUCCAUUAGCAUCACUGGAGCUCUGGUCUACACUGUCUUCACCAUGCACCUGCCCUACUGUGGUCCCUAUAAGAUCAACCACUUCUUUUGUGAGGUCCCUGCUGUGCUGAAGUUGGCCUGUGCAGAUACAUCCUUCAAUGACCACUUGGACUUCAUUUUGGGCUUCAUCCUCCUUUUGGUUCCACUUUCCCUCAUCCUGGCCUCCUAUAUCCGCAUCUUUGUCUCCAUCUUAAGAAUCCGCUCAUCUCAGGGAAGGCUCAAGUCCUUCUCCACUUGUGCUUCCCACAUUACUGUUGUCAUUAUGUUCUAUGGGCCAGCCAUGAUCAUGUACAUGAGGCCUGGCUCCUGGUAUAACCCAGAGCGGGACAAGAAGCUGGCUUUGUUCUACAAUGUUGUCUCUGCCUUCCUCAACCCCAUCAUCUACAGCCUCAGAAACAAGGAUGUAAAGGGAGCCUUUCUGAAAGUACUUGGAGAUAGAGCAACAGCUCAAUAACC